AGGCUGAAACCGAAGAAUGGAGACUAUUGUGAUUCUUUUGCUCUCCAUGGCUGUUUUUACAGGUUGCCAAAUUGGUCUUAUUAAUGCUGAGGAGCCCAAUCCACAUCUGGAAAACUUAAAAGAUUUGUUCUGGAGCUUUGUUGCCCAAGCAACACACACCACUGACAAAACAGCAGAUGAGAAGAUCAAUGAACCCCAGCUUGGACAGGAAGUCAGUACCAGCCCAACACAGGACUCAGAUCAGUAUAUCACCACCAUCAAGAAUCACAUGGAUAUAGUGGCUAAAGAGUGGAUGAGCAAUGUCGCUAAAGAGGCUGAAGUUUUAAAAGACCUUCUGGAGCAGGAUCUGAUGACAUUGAAAGACCAACUUGAGUCCUACGCUGAUAAUAUCAAGAGCCAAAUACAGCAGAGAGUUGAGGAGCUCGGGGCCGCCAUGGCUCCAUAUGCAGAUUCCCUGGAUUCUGAGACAUUAAAUGACACUCUGAUCCAGACAAGUGAGGAGAUAAAGAGCUGA